AAAUCUGUUUUGGAAUUGGUUUUGGUUGGCGAUGUGAAGGAUCGUGUAGCCAUCCUUGUGGAUGACAUGGCUGAUACAUGUGGCACAAUAUGCCAUGCUGCAGAUAAGUUACUUUCUGCUGGAGCCACCAAAGUUUAUGCUAUUCUGACUCACGGAAUCUUCUCUGGACCAGCUAUUUCCAGGAUUAAUAAUGCUGCAUUUGAGGCUGUGGUAGUCACAAAUACAAUUCCACAAGAGGACAAAAUGAAGCACUGCUCUAAAAUCCAGGUUAUUGACAUUUCAAUGAUAUUGGCUGAAGCAAUACGGAGAACACACAAUGGUGAAUCUGUGUCUUACCUGUUCAGUCAUGUUCCACUAUAACUCCAGAUCGUGGCUUUCCUGUAGGCUGUGUACAACCAGUCAGUUUUUGUUUAAUUAUUGGGACUCAGCAGUAUGAUAGUUAAUGUUUAUUAAAGCUUCCGUUGUGUGUGC